AGUGGUCCGUCUCUUAAAUGUCUCAGAACUCAGAAGUCAGAAGUCAUCAGAAGAGAUUGAUGGAAGAAGUUGAAAUCCAUGUAUCCAACGGUGCAAACAUGGUGGCAUCUUUCAAAUAGCUUUUUUACUUUCAGAAAUUUUAACAAUAUUUUAUAUUGAUUUAAGAUUUAAUUUCAAACGGGCAAUAAUGGAGGUGGCGUGGUACAAGAAGUCGGAGAGAGAUUGAGUCUCCCGAAACUGAUGAUGAUGAUGAUGAUGAGCAAGAGCAACAGUUCCAAGUCCAUAGUCAAUAGUGGUAAUACGGCAAAGAAGGCAAGAAGAAGCUCUUCGGAGUGCUUAGACCACAUCGUGGCGGAGAGGAAGAGGAGGCAGGAGAUCACUCAGAGAUUCAUAGCACUUUCUGCCACCAUCCCUCACUUGAAAAAGAUUGACAAGGUGUCAAUUCUUAGUGAAGCAAUCGCUUAUAUCAAGCAACUCAAAGAGCAAGGGAAGAAGCUAGAGGAGGAAAGCAGAAAGAAGAACAGAACAGUAGUAGAGUCGGUGUCGUUGGUGAACAAGAGGCAUGAUGCUGCAUGUGAACUAGUUGAAGCAAGGGCGUUGGAGAAGCAGGUGUUGAUUCGGAUCCACUGCCAUGGCCACAAAGCCGUUCCCCAAGUAUUCAGCCAUCUCACAAAUCUUGAUCUCUCCAUUGUAAGCACAAGUGUCUUACCCUUUGGGACCUGUGCCAUUGAUAUUACCAUUGUUGCUCAGAUGGGUGAGAAAUACAGGGCAAGCAUGAAGGAUCUAGUUCAAAGCUUGAGACUGGCGAUACCACUCUGUUAAUCAAAGGAUUUUCACGCCAUCCAUGCAUCCUAGCUAGCUUGCUUUUUAUACAUCAAUAAAUUAA